AGUGGUUUGCGUUUUCAAGAUGGCGACUCCCUAUGUAACUGAUGAGACCGGCGGCAAGUACAUCGCUUCAACACAGCGACCUGACGGGACCUGGCGAAAGCAGCGGAGGGUGAAAGAAGGCUAUGUGCCCCAGGAGGAGGUCCCAGUGUAUGAGAACAAGUAUGUGAAGUUUUUCAAGAGUAAACCAGAACUGCCUCCCGGCCUGAGCCCGGAGGCCACUGCUCCGGUCACCCCAUCCAGGCCGGAAGGUGGUGAACCAGGCCUCUCCAAGACAGCCAAACGCAACCUGAAGCGGAAGGAGAAGAGGCGGCAGCAGCAAGAGAAAGGGGAGGCGGAGGCCUUGAGCCGGACUCUCGAGAAGGUGUCCCUGGGAGAGACAGCCCAGGUCCCCAGUGCCCCACAGGCCUCCCGGGCAGCACCUGCAGCUGCCUCCGACCAGCCUGACUCAGCUGCCACCGCUGAGAAGGCCAAGAAGAUAAAGAACCUAAAGAAGAAGCUUCGGCAGGUGGAAGAGCUGCAGCAGCGGAUCCAGGCUGGGGAUAUCAGCCAGCCCAGCAAAGAGCAGCUGGAGAAGCUAGCGAGGAGGAGGGCGUUGGAGGAGGAGCUAGAGGACUUGGAGCUGGGCCUGUGAGGCCUUUGGGGAAUAGAGGAUGGACAGCAGAACAAACCAUGGGGCUCUCUGGGGUCCUGGGGAAUGUGGGCAGCAGCAGUCAGGAGGGGUGCCCCCGUACUGGCUCACUUUCACCUCUCAUGGCCCAAUUCCGUCCUCCAGAGCCUAGCCUCUCCCUCAUUCCUUCCCUUUUUUUCCCAACUCCUAUUUUUUUGGACUUUUCUCCCUCCCAUUCCCAGUGUUCAAAAUCUCAGUGACUAUCCCAGGUACCUUUGCUGCUGAUUUGGGUGUCUUGUUUAAAAAAAAUUGGGUGGGUGGGAGUCUCUUGGAGAACUGAGGUUGAGGGUAGGGGGAGUACGCCCAAGUCUUGGAGUCUUGGUUCCUGUUCACAGUGUUUAUGGGUUAUUUUCCCCUCCAUCCCUAACCUCUUUUUUUUUUUUUUUUUUUAAAGAACAGAAUAAACUCAAGUAGACAACAUGUUUUGCCUCUCUUCUUUUCAGCUUCUAGUAGGUGUUUUAUCCCCUUCAGUUUGGCACAGGAAGAUAAGUAUUGAGAGUAAUAUUCUUUUUAAUUUUUAAAAAUAAUGUGUAUCACCAAAUUAGCAACACUGACUUCUGUACACGUUUGCUCAGACUUCAGUGAAUAGAAAUUAGUGUUAUAAUAAAAUGAAACUUAAAUUUAAUUUGAUAUUAAUUUACAUGUAUCAUCAUUAUUGUGCUGCAUAGCAGUGGGGCCCUAGUAUCUCCCUUACUGUUUACUUCUGAAGAUCAUUGACCUAAUUUUUUUUUUUUUUUUUUUGGCCGCAUCGCAGGGCUUGCAGGAUCUUAGUUCUCCCACCAGGAAUUGAACCGGGCCACUGCAGUGAAAGAGCCGAGUCCUAACCACUGGACCACCAGGGAAUUCCUGGGACAGCUCUUGAAAUUUUAUCUUCUCAGAUGCCAUCCCAAGAUGGCAUUGUGGGGCAAACUAAUGACACAGGACGAGGAAUUUACAGCCAAAAAGAGCUGUCACUUAAUUUUCGCAUACCCUCUGAUUUCCACACCUUCACUUGUCAUCAUCUUUCUUUCUAGCCAGCUGCCAGAAUAGAAAGCCACGGAGGAGAAGUCAGCCUUAGUUCUUAGCCUGACUCUUAAGGUUCUACCCAAUCUGGCCUCAUUUCUUGCCAUUCUUUUAACUCUAGUCAAACUGCUUCAACUCUACUGAACUUUCAUUUCAUCGAAUGAGCCAUAUUCUCUGAGCCUUAGUCCUUUGCCCCUGCUGGUCCCUCUGCCUAGAAUACUCUUCCUGUCCCCUUCUCCCUAAUCAACUCUUUCUUAGCCUUUGGAUCUCUGCUUAAAUGUUAUCUUCUCUGGGAAGACUUUUGUUACCCUCAAAUAUUAAUUAAGGUGUCUUUCUUAACCUGCUUCCUUAACACUCCACGCUUACAUUUGUGGUGGCAUUUAUUAUAUUGUCACUUGUUUUCUUGUUAGCCCUUCUCCUCCUCAUUAGAUCAUGUGCUCCUCGAGCAUUGGGAUUGUGUUUAUUAUCAUUGCAUCCCGGUGCCCAAUAUAGUAAAUUCUCAAAUGUUUGGCUGAAUGAAUGAAGACACAAGCUAUGUGGGGAAACAGAAGACGAGGGAAAAUGUAUGCCUUCCACACCUGAGCAGUUACUGAGAACUUGAUUGGGCACAUCAGUGUGAGACCAAAAGUUCAACUUCCCUUGUGUAAGAAAGACCCCUAUGCAAUUAUAAAGAUUUUAAAUAAGA